UAAAAAUGGCUGUCGACGGAAGUGUCUUGUAAAAUAUACUAUGAACCACGACCUUGAAAUAACAGUUGAAUGACACGAUAACUAGACUGACAUGAAAACUAGCUUAUUGGAGUAUGUGCUUGGCCUUACAGGAGAGAAAUCGACCGUAAAAUACCUGAGAAAACGUCAAUAAUGGCCGCCGAGCAGUUAGAAGAAGAUGAUUGGAACUGGCGGACGCUGUGCCAGGAUUUCCACUUCACUUCCCAUGUUCCAUCACUAGAGAAAAUAGAACAAGAACAUUAUGGGGGAGAUACUAAGAAAUUUAUUCAAGAAUACUUGGAACCAGUUUUUUGUUUGUUGAAGGAUAUCAAGCAAUCAGCAGAGGAGUAUUUCAGCAGUGGAAAAGAUGGCCCGGAAGAUGCAUGGACAYCAUACUACGAAAGCUUUGUUCAAUCUGUCAUUCAGGUCAAUAAACUUACUUCACCACUUCACAAGGGGGAUUUCUACAUACAUCUGAGUUCCAUUGUUCCUGGACAGAUGAUUCUGAAAUAUCAUGACUCUGGAAACGUACAAUCUUUGCCUCUCGGCAAGGAUGAUUURUGGAAAAUUUGGAAUAACACAUGGACAGACCAGUUACGAAUGGAGAUGAAUGGCAGAUUUUUAUUUUUGAAUUGCGUUGUUUUGAGCAAGAAUGGGAAGUUUGAGAGAAGACCUUGGAGGUAUCUUAUGGCACCAUCAAGAAACAUUAGCUUUAAACAAUACAGAAGUAUAGAGAAAGAAGAUAACUUACRAGAGAGCUGUAAAGUUAGCAGUCAGUCCCUAGUCCUGGAUAAACCCCUCCAUAUCUUUGAAGUCAAUUUUGAACUGUUACAUACAGGCGUAGCUUGUCUUCCAGGUUGUAAAGAUAUGAGAGGUGGGCACAUUCUGUUCAUUAAUCCAUCUCGACCUGACUGGAACAACGUGCAGUACAGUACAGUGGAGCUGACGAGACUGUUGAUGUACUUUCAAACCAUCCCCAAAAAACAAGAACCAAAUCUGGGAUUUACUAUUAUUCUCGAUGCAAGGAAAUCUGCCACAAAACGACGCCUGAUUGAAGAUAUACUUGAAGCUAUGAUUUGUUUUCAGGAAAGUUGUCCUGGAGCAAUUCAUAUGGUGUAUGUUGUGGCAAGAAAAGACUCUCCUCUACUCAUGUUUAGCACAACAAAGAUCAAAGAGCAACUGAACUUUGAGUUUAAAAUCAUCACAACUGUACAAGACCUUAAGAAAGUCAUCGAUGAAAACCAGCUUACACCAGAAUUCAAUGGGACAUUUCACUACGAUCAUGACGAGUGGAUACGAUUCAGAAUAAAGCUGGAGCCUUUCAUGACAGGAUGUCGCAGUGCUGCAAAGCUUGCCAUGGAAGUAAUGCAACAAUUUACAAGCACCAAAGUAGGAGAAACUUUAAAAGACUGUAAAUCACUACUAGAACAGCAUCAACAAAAAGUCAAGGACGUGUUCUUAGAUAGUAGACUUUCAGCCCUUCAAGUUGAAGGAGAACAAAUCUUAAUACGAUUAGAAGAAGAGGAAACUAGUCUGGCCAAGACUGAAGAUUACGAGGAAACAGUAGAGUGUGUGUCGAAACUGUAUCAUCAGAUGAACGAAGUGUUUUGUAAACUUGAAAUGUUAACUGAAAAUAGGACUAAAAAACUAGAACAGUGCGUACAGCUCAGGGAAUUCGAAUGCGACGCCGAUAAGGUCGAAACAUGGAUCAGAACUGAAGCUGAGUCGUUCCUUCACAAACACACGGAACUAGGGGAUUCUCUACAUCAUGUUCAAUCCUUACAAGAAGAGUUUGACAUUUUUGAAAAAAAUGCAAAGAGUUACCUCGACCAAAUAGAAAACGUAUUAGAGGAAAGUCGAUCGUUGUACCAAGGAAAUCAUUAUGAAAGCACUGGACUACAGGAAAGAUGUAAAGCUUUAGAAGAUGCUAAUAAGGAAGUUAACAAAAAGAUGGAAGCUAGAAGGGCUCAACUUGCGCUCUGUGGAGAAUUUCACAAACUUGUCGAAGAGGUAUCCAAAUGGACACUAAGCACUUUAAAACAGAUCGCACUAAUGAAAAUGGAAGAAAUCCUAACACUAGACGGUGUAGCGGUUCUUACGAAGAACCUUGAUGAAUACCUUGAGAAAUACCCGGUAUGGCCGGCAAGCCAGCUUAACCGUAUAUCCGAGAUUGCUACCAACUUCGGAGAUAGCCGGAUGGUCAGUCAAGCCGAGGGAGUCUUGACCCGAUAUAAGGAAGUAGAAGAUAUGUUGGAACAGAGGAAAGGCACCCUGAGAAGAGCGGAGGAAAGGUUGAGGGGUAACCCGUCCUGUGAAUUCUCCAGUACGACCACCGGUGGUAGUGACGAGUCCUCCUCGACCCCCCACGACGGGGACGAGGACGAGAAUGACCUGGGACCCGAUACUGACGAUGAAAUGGACACCCCUGUAGCAGAAAACCCUGACGUUUCUCCUGAACGAAAGAUAUCCGGAGAUCGAAAUCCAAUGCUGUACACUUGGAAGGAGGUCAGCAGCAUUCAGCCCGAAUCACCUCCACCUCUGGAAAGCAUCGAAGAAUGUGAACAGAAUUUGUCUCCUAAAGUCAAAGAGAAACUUUCUUACAUCGUACAAGAGAUGAUAGAUACAGAGAGAGACUAUGUCAAGUCCCUUGAAUAUAUCAUGCAGAAUUAUUUAUCUAGAAUGGAGAAUCCUGAUUUACUGCCUUCCCUCAGAGGGAAAAAGAAUAUUUUAUUUGGAAAUAUUGAACGAAUAUAUGACUUUCAUAAUCGGUGUUUUCUACGUGAAUUAGAAAUGUGUCAAGAGAAACCUUUACAGAUAGGCAGUUGUUUCUUGAAAUGGGAACGUCAGUUCUAUCUCUAUGCCUUGUAUAAUAAAAAUAAACCAAGAUCCGAUCAACUCUUGUCUGACCAUGGAAACACGUACUUUAAGGCUUUCCAAGAAGAACUUGGCGACAAACUGGAUCUCGGGAGUUUCCUCAUGAAACCUGUCCAAAGAAUGUGUAAAUAUGGACUACUGUUAAGGGAUAUGAUCGAGGCUUGUAAGGAUGGAGUUAGAGUCAAUGAACUGAAGGACGCGCAGAACAUGGUUCGAUUUCAGCUCAGACACGGCAAUGAUCUGCUUGCCAUGGACUCAUUACGUAACUGUGACGUUAACGUCAAGGAACAAGGUCGUCUCCUUCGUCAAGAUAAUUUCAUCGUGUGGUCAGGAAAGAAGAAGCAUCAGCGACGUGUCUUUUUGUUCGAUGAUUUGGUCCUGUUUAGUAAAGCCAGAAGACAACAGGGUGGUGUAGAUCUCUUCUAUUACAAGAAUUCUCUCAAGACUGCAGACUUAGGAUUAACGGAGUCUUUAGGGGAUGGUGGACUUAAAUUUGAACUUUGGUUCAGAAAACGAAAGACUGGCGAGAAAUUCAUCUUACAGGCGCCCAGUAUGGAAGUGAAGACAUUCUGGUUAUCAGAAAUAACCAAGAUUUUAUGGAAACAAGCGAUGCGCAACAAAGAGUACGGCUUGACAGAGGCCUCCACUGGAAUCAGCGUUGAGAGCCAACCGGCUUUACACAUACCAACAACACGAUACGACGAGACACCGCACUACCAGGCAUCUGUAUCCUCUCUUCAUCACCACGGACCACUUUUAAGAAAAACGUCCAAUAAUACCUCUAAUAUCACUGCGACGGACAAACGAUUAUCUUUGAUCAGUUCGGAAACAGAUUCAUCGGCUAGUAGUGGAUUUUGUGACGCUGCUACUCACACUACCGAGGAAGAGGGCGCCUCGGCCAAAGGGAUUGUCACAACGGUUGACAGUCGCGUCUCUUCGAAAGCACAACGAAGCCCACGCGGUCACAGACGGAAAAAAUCGAUGGAAGAAGUCCCUAACAAAGUUACAAAGGACAUUGAAAAAGGACAAGAGAAAAAAAAUAAGCAAAGCAAGUCGCCGAGUCCCGAAGAGGAAAAAAAGUCAUCGAAUUUUUUCCGAAGUUUUUCGCUUCGUGACCGAUCGAGUAACGAACGAGCGACGAGUCCCGAGGAAUGUGGCGGAGGCGUAGUUUUACGUCGAUCUGUAAGGGAAAAGGACUCUAAUGGACCUCAUAAGAGAAGGUCUUUAAUAGAGAGAAUAACACAUAAACAUUCGGAAGAUAAAACGAAAGAAAAGGAAAAAUCUCGAAGGAGAAGUCUUGUGGAAACUUGUACGGUUUCUCUUGAUACAAAGACUGAUGGAAAAGAAAAUGCUACAGAUUCGACACACAAUAAGCAAGGAGUGAAAUCAAAGAGUAAUUGCGUUGUUUCGGAGGUAUAACGUAUGGAAAAUGAAUACUCGCCUUACUUGGUUUUUCCUGGAUUCAUUCUUCUUUCUUCGAGGAAAAUACACAUCUUUACCGUGGGCGUAAUGGUUUCUCAUUUCAAGCCACGUGUCAUUCCCUUGAGAAUAAGAUUCUUUGCUUGAGUUGUAUCAACAUCUAUGUAUCUCGUCAAGCGCAACCGUUAAACAAAGAAAUUAUACUCUAGGGAAUGACAUGGUCUGAAAUGGGAAAACAUUGCAAUGGUAAAGACGUCUCUAUUCACAUCAGGUUACCAUCGCUUUAUGUUUUAGAACGGACGCAUUUAUCUUCAAUUCGCUCUGUGAAUUUUCCCCAUUUUGUUCGUAAUUAAGAAUGGAAUUCUUCCUAUCCUUGAGAACAUUUCUUCUGAAGAAAAUGAAAGAAAAAGAAAUAAUGCUUGUGGAGACUAUCACGCCAAGAUGAUAUUUUAACGAAAAUAUUCAUAGUUGAAGAUUUUUUAGAAUUUAUGAACGCGGAAAAAAUUUCCAAUCCAAAUUAUCUUAGAACAUGGAUCCUCUUUGAACGAAGUCGAAAACUGUUAACUUUAAUUAUUGAGAAUAUUGUUAAAAUUCUUUCAUUAUUUUAUAGAAAAAACUUUGACUUAAUUAGAAACUAGACUCUACACUUGUGCUGAAGAACGAAAGCCCCUUAUCGAGGCUAAACAGAUGCCUUAUUAGCCUCGAUCAGGAGCUACUGAAAAUUAGCAGCCAAUCAUGAUUGGAUAUGAAUAUUCUUUUGUACAAGGUUACUCGCCUCCUCCCCCUAGUGGAAACCUUAGGGGGAGGGGGGUAAGUAGUGAUUGUACCGAGGUUAGUGCAUGGCUUAUUACUAAGUAUUAUAUUACAACAAUGAUGAUGAAAAGGUAAAUUAUACACCGUGAAAAGAUGAAAAAACUUACUGACGUUUCGGACGCUAGUCC